GCGCGCGGCGGCGGGCGGGCGAUGGCGGCGCAGUUCCGCAGCUACGUGUGGGACCCGGCGCUGAUCGUGGCGCAGAUGGUACUGCUGCAGGCCGGUUACUACAGCUCGCUCGGGCUCUGGCUCGCCCUCCUCGGCACCUUGGGCAGGACCGGGCCCUCCCUUCACCAGGUCUUCAGCGACGAGAUUUUAGGCUUCUCCACGCCACCAGGGAGACUUUCCAUGAUGGCUUUCAUCCUCAAUGCACUCACCUGUGCUCUGGGCUUGCUGUACUUCAUCCGCCGAGGAAAGCAGUGCCUGGAUUUCACAGUCACCGUUCACUUCUUCCACCUGCUGGGCUGCUGGAUUUAUAACUCCCGCUUCCCCUCGACCCUGACGUGGUGGCUGGUGCACAUCGUGUGCACUGCACUGAUGGCUGCCAUCGGCGAGUACCUCUGCAUGAGGAUAGAACUCAGAGAGAUCCCUCUCAAUUCUGCCCCCAAGUCCAACGUAUAGACUCGCUCUGGCAACCACAUGCUGCAUUGCCUCGUUGUUUCCAACACAAGUGCAUCUGAUGCCCGAGAAUCAUCACUGAAGAAGCACAGCAGGUCUGGCUAGACGUUUUUUCCCCCUUUGGGACCUCGGUGACUGCAUGAGUUUGAGCAUCUCCUCUGGCAUCAGCUGACUGUGGGGGAGGAGCAGAUGUUUAUUUUGUUAACACAAAGCUUUUAAUAUGACUGGCAGGCGUGCUCUUAAACUCUUCACUUGUGAGACUGUUAAAAGCCAGGCAGCAAAACUUGGUAUGUGAGGAGCCUCUGGAAUUUAAGAGAUGCCCUGUGUGGGUAAUGCAGUGGUCAGUUCCUGCAGGAGCUGGCACAGUGAGCAGUGGGGCUGGGAGAUGCUGCUUUCAGUCUGUCACUUGUUUGGACUUUGGUUGGAAAGAAAAAGUCAAGGAAGUGAGUGGAUGGGGAGAAAGGAAAUAGUUGUACUUGCCUGAAUCACCAGCUGAGACACUACAUAACCCAUGACAUUAGAUGGGUCUGUUUGCUGUUCCCAUGUUUAACACAUUGAGAUGUCAGGCAGCAGUUUGCCGAAGAAAUCUUUUGUAAUAAUAAAAGUGUGAUGUUGCUGUGAGCGUGUUACAGUUCUCCUAGGACACCCAGCACUUCAAGAAAAGCCAUGGCAGCAGAUGGACAUAGCCAGAGAAUGCAUGGCUGUGAGAUGCCCUCUGUCUUGGGCACCUGAAUUUUCUUACAAUAAAUAUUUCAUACCUCUGCUCUGAA